AUGACCUCUCACUCCAGCAACCAAUUACGGGUCAACUUCCGCGGUGUCAGGAUCUUCGCGGUGGCAGCAUUUGUCGUUGGAGUUAUUGGGUUGAUUCUCGUAUUCUUCAGCGGAAAUGGCGUCCAUCUAUUUUCCAUCGAAGUCAGCGAAUUCAGCGAUGCGGACCGCAAGGAGUUGCUGGACGCGUACAACUCGAGGUUCAGCAACUUCACGUCAGCCGUCAAUAAAGUGAUCGAGGUUGCCAUCCAGCCAUUGUUCGCUGUUGGCAUAUUGUGCCUGGGUGCCAAAUGGCUCACAAGCAAAACCGGCACGAGCAUUUUAGCGAGGAUGUCCCCGACAUUCAUCGGGGCUGCGCUAGGGUUUUUGAUAUGCAACGGGCCGACCUCGAUGAAUGUCCAGCUAGUUCCCGGAGGAACGUAUUUGCGGAUGGCGACGGAAGAUUUACAAGUAGCGCAGGUCAGUACUCCCAACGACAACUCUGCGUGGAACGUAUCGCUUGACGAGAGGGCCCCAAACAACUCGGCCUUGAACACCAUCUUGCGUGCUCGAUAUGCCCCAGCCGAAAGCCUCAAUGCCACGUGUCAAAUUGUACUGGGAUCUGUCAGGCGUUUCGGGCUGCAGAUCGAUCUUCCACAAGUUGCAUUUGAUUAUCAAGAUAGCAAUUGGCUAUUUGACUCCCUGCCUACAGCUAUUGAACCGAAAGAGACAUUUGAGCUUCUCGUUCGCGGUAGCGGAGAUGGCAUUAGCAUCGACGGCACGAAGGAUUUUAGUUUUCCUGUUGAUCUUGCAACAGCUCGGACAGUCUACGUCAUGGCUCUUAUCGAGUUGUACAGUAAUCUUAGGGCUCUAUGGGGUAUAACUUCCCGUUUCAAAGAACGCGGCUUCCACGAUUUUGUGCGCGAUAGUCGAGCGGCAGCGAUCGACGAGUGGGCGGGCGAUACAACCGAAGUAGACGAUGAUGAACUUGAGGUGGGUGAUCUGAUGGCUUUUGCUGGCGAUAACUUCAUACCAGCUGCAGCCAUGAUGCUGCAAGACCUAGUUGGCAAAGUGCCGAACAUUAUCGCGGAUGAAGUCGGGGCUUCCUAUCAAGUGCAUCAACUCGCUGACUCUCUGAGCUACGUACCGCUAACGUUGACGAUUCCAAUCAGCACCCUGAACGCAGCAGAUGCAAACCAAACCGUCCCACUUGUUGAACGGUGUGCCCCAGACGGCUGCUUACUAUACAAUGAUUCUAUGUUUGGUACUUUCGAUACAACCAAUGAGAUCAAACCUGUCGUCAAAGCGGCGGUGAUAUGUGGGACGUCAGGCUCCAAUUGCCCACGGCUUCUUUCGUCUCUCGCUCGACUCAGCACCGAUUCCCUAAAAGAGCAAAGCAAAGUACUCCUCGCCAACAGCUUCCCGACCGAGCUCUAUGAUUUUUCGGAGCUUCUUUCCGCGUACGAGGUAAACUUGGUCCCCGACGCGUUGGUCUGGAGAAAGCUGGUGCAAGUCGACAAAGCGUUUCCUAUGCUGCUACCCCGUAAUUAUGUGAAGGUCGACCAAACCGCUCAACAAUACCUGAGCGACACCAACAACCAAAGGUUUUGCUCCAUGCAAGCAGAUUCGUUCCUAAAGAACACCCUCAAAAAUCACUUAUUUGCGGAGGAAAGUCUGCAAUACUGGCUAAUCCGUUGUGGAUUUGUCCGGGAACAGCCACGACCUGUGCAGGUGUCGAUUCCAUCCACCAAUGCAAUCCUUUCGAUCAUAGGUUGUUGCGGACUAGUGGCGUUGGUCCUAGCGAUUGCCACGACGCACAGCCACGGGAAGUCCAUUAUUGAAGGCAACAGCUCUGCCCCCUUGCUCGCCGAAGCCAUGAUGAAUACUGGCAAGUUCCCACGCACAGUGCUCAAACUCUCGGUCGAACAACGAGGUGCGGAAGGAGCCCAAGCACAGGUAAUUCACAUUGGCCAGGUUAAGAUAGCGGCGGUAGAGUUUGUCGAGAAAAAUCAACCGAGUUGA